CUUGAAGGGGAAGCCAACGCGCGCCAUUUUCUAAACAAAAUAUUUGAUAGACUUAAUUAAGCACUCUCGGCUUGCAAUUUCAACCAAAAUGUCGCAGUACAUGCCUCGUCGCACCAGCGAGUUCCGCGGCAAGGCGCUGGAGGAGCGCGGCACCGCCGACAAGCGACAAACCAGGGCCACAAAGCGCAGCGUAGCCUCGCACACGCCCUCCUCCAGCCAGGUGGUGGCUCCCAGAAGACCCUCCGCAUCGCGUCUGCCGCAGCCCCUGAACCUGGAGCGGGAUCGCUUCACCCAGAUGAGUGUGACGCCCAAGCACGGCUCCCGGCCCAUGUCCGUUGCCUCGCGUGUGUCGCAGUCGCAGAACCUGGAGCGAGAUGGACCAUCGUCCCAAGUGACGCCCAAGCAUGGCCACCGGCCGGCGCCCUUCACCGCCGAGCGCCCUGUGGCCCCGCACUCGGACAAGAAGUGGGUGGCGGAGCGGGCUCAGCAGAUACUCGGCUAUCUGCAGGACAUCAAUGACAGCAUGGCCACCACGCUGCCCAUCUCGGAUUUGUUCUACCGCGCCGGCGGACUGCGGCACAUGACCAUCAAGCAGUUCGUGGCCAUCCUCAACUUCCUGUUCCACCACAUCUGGCGGAACAAGGUGACCGUGGGCCAGAACCACGUCGAGGACAUCACAAGCGCCAUGCAGAAGCUGCAGUACCCCUACCAGGUGAACAAAUCCUGGCUGGUUUCGCCCACCACCUCGCACUCCUUCGGCCAUGUCAUCGUGCUGCUGGACUUCCUCAUGGACUUCGUGCCCUCCUCGGAAGAGUCGUUCCUGGACUUUCCCUUCACGGAGACCACAGAGCAGCCCAGCUCGUAUCUGCAUAGCGUGCACUGCGAAACGAUGGCCACCAUAACCACCACCACCGCCCAGAUGCAGGCCGUACAGCUGGACGAGGAGGUCAACGCCCUGCUCUUCGCCGAGACGAGCAAAUGCAUUGACCUGUGGGAUAAGGAGCUCAGCGAGGAGGAGGCCAAGCUACAGGCGGACACCAGGGAUAAGCUGAUAGCCAAGAAGUGCGAUCUGCCGGACCGCCAGGCGCUGGACCAGGUGAUCGACGAUCUGAGGGCGAAGCUGCAGCAGCUGGAGGAUAGGCUGCAGCAUCCCAGCGAUGGCAGCAAGCCGGAGCAACUCGAGCACCUCGCCAGGGAGCAGAAGCAGCUCGCCCAACAGCUGGCCGACAGCCAGGAGGAGCUGAAGCAGCAGCAGAUCCUCUGCGAUAAACUGGCCGCCCAGGCCGAGGAGAAGCAGGCCAAUCUCCGCCAGCAAAUUAAGUACGAGCAGCGCCUGGAGCAGGUGGUCAGCGGCCAGAAGUACACGGCGCAGCAACUGAAUACGCUGCAGCUGCAGAGCAACGACGUGGAGAACUACUCCAAGGCCUACGAGCGCCAGGUGAAGGAGGUGUCUGACCUGGAGCUCCACCUGCAGGUCAUGCUGUCGCGGGCCAAGCAAAAGCUCUUGGACUGCGUCGAGGCCUUCAACUCGCAUGCCCACCACCUGGCCGGGGAUCCCGCUGUGGGCGGCCUAAUGAAGCGCAGCGGUGAUCAGCAGUUCGACCUCACGCUGCCAUUCAAUCCCAAGCCCGAGGACAUCUCCAAGCGCGUUCAGUGUCUCGAUCUGCUGAACAAUCUUCUCCAGCAACAGCGGCAGCGGAAUGUCGAGCGGCGUCAGAUGCUGGAUCAGCAGGUGAACAAGGCGAAGUGCGACUUCCUGAAGCUGGACGCGGAGGUGGCCAACUUGGAGUCGCGCCUACAGGCACAAAAGCAUCUCCUGGCCAAGGUGGAGGCGGGCUAUCGCACCAAGUGCGACAUGAUAACACAGCACCGGCAGCAGCUGGCCGAGGAUCGGUGUGAGCAAAUCGCCCGGCUGGAGGAGCUGGAGAAGCGGCAGCAGGAGGCGGAGGCGCAGCUCCAGGAGAGCGUGCAGAAAAACGAAGACCUGCUGGCCGGCGCCGAGCUGCUUCAGGAGGAGGACCACAAGGCCCGCCAUGCCCGUCUCGACGAGUGCGAGCUGAAGCUGGCCGAGGCCGAGAAGGAGCUGCAGGCCCUGGACUCCAAGCUCACCGUGAGCCGGGCCCAGCUGGAGGCGGACGAGCAGAAGGUGUACGCCAAUCCGCUGCCCUCCUUUGAGCCCGUCUUGCAGGCCUUCAAGAGGCGCUGAGCCACUGCUCCCUGCUCUUGAAAGUAAAGAAGUUCCUGAAGUUCAGCUCGAAGAUCAAGCGAGUAGGGUUACUCCAUUGGUUUAUAUGAUUGUAAACUUUGUCUGAAAUGUUGUUGUUGAGUAUGUAUUUAUUAAAAUCUAUUUAUAGUGUUCUUUUUCUUUUAAAUAAAUCCCUAAGAACAUUA